GUGCUGCAAACGUCCAUCAGCUGCAUCCAUCUGACGAAGACUCAGCUGGCCCACCACUUUUUGACAACAAGGACUGUGUCGACAAUGUUCAAAUCGUGACUAUUAGCCCAAACGGUGUCAGUUUAUCCUUCGUUUACCGCGUGUUUAUUAUUUUAAGUCGUAAACAAUGGAGCCCUCUGCGCCCAAAAGCAAGCUGAAAAAGCUGAGUGAAGACAGUCUGACCAAACAGCCAGAGGAAGUGUUUGAUGUUUUAGAGAAGCUUGGUGAAGGUUCCUAUGGCAGCGUGUUCAAGGCCAUUCAUAAGGAGUCCGGCCAGGUUGUGGCCAUCAAGCAGGUCCCCGUGGAGUCCGACCUGCAGGAGAUCAUCAAGGAGAUUUCCAUCAUGCAGCAGUGUGACAGUCCUUAUGUGGUGAAGUACUAUGGCAGUUACUUCAAGAACACAGACUUGUGGAUUGUCAUGGAAUAUUGUGGGGCCGGCUCUGUCUCCGACAUCAUCAGACUACGCAACAAGACGCUGACAGAGGAUGAGAUUGCCACCAUCCUGAAGUCGACGCUGAAGGGUCUGGAGUACCUCCACUUCAUGAGGAAGAUCCACAGGGACAUCAAGGCAGGAAACAUCCUGCUCAACACAGAAGGACAUGCAAAACUGGCAGACUUUGGAGUUGCUGGACAACUAACGGACACUAUGGCAAAGAGAAACACUGUGAUUGGGACUCCCUUCUGGAUGGCCCCGGAGGUGAUCCAGGAGAUUGGGUACAACUGCGUGGCUGACAUCUGGUCUCUGGGCAUCACAUCCAUAGAGAUGGCAGAGGGCAAGCCCCCCUAUGCAGACAUCCACCCCAUGAGGGCUAUCUUCAUGAUUCCCACCAACCCUCCUCCAACAUUCAGGAAGCCAGAGCUUUGGACAGAUGACUUCACAGACUUUGUCAAGAAGUGUCUGGUCAAGAAUCCAGAGCAGAGAGCCACUGCCACACAGCUGCUGCAGCACCCCUUCAUCAGCCAGGCCAAGCCAGUUACAAUCUUGAGGGACCUGAUAACUGAAGCCAUGGAGAUGAAGGCCAAGAGGCAGCAGGAACAGCAGAGGGAGCUGGAGGAGGAGGACGAUAACUCGGAGGAGGAGACGGAGGUGGACUCUCACACCAUGGUGAAGUCAGGCUCGGAGGGCGCUGGGACAAUGCGAGCUACCAGCACUAUGAGUGACGGGGCACAGACUAUGAUCGAACAUGGCAGCACCAUGUUGGAGUCAGAUCUCGGCACCAUGGUCAUCAACAGUGAUGAGGAAGAUGAGGAGGAAGACCAGGGAUCCAUGAGGAGACAUGCCACCCCCCAGCAGCCUUUGCGCCCAUCCUUCAUGGACUACUUUGACAAGCAAGACUCUAACAAAGCAGCCCAGCAGCAGGAGAAUUACAACCACAACCAGCCUCAGGAGCAGCCCGGCUACCACAUCCAGGCCAAGAAUGUUUUCCCUGACAACUGGAAGGUGCCACAGGAUGGAGACUUUGACUUUUUGAAGAACCUGGACUUUGAGGAGCUGCAGAUGCGCCUUACUGCUUUGGACCCCAUGAUGGAGCGAGAAAUUGAGGAGCUCAGGCAGCGCUACACUGCCAAGAGGCAGCCCAUUCUGGAUGCCAUGGAUGCCAAGAAGCGACGACAGCAGAACUUCUGAGUGCCCUCUCCCUUUGCCUGGGUUGCCCAAAACCACCUGUUAAGCAUUAACUGAUCUGUGUCUCACUGACUCAGAGGAACUUAGAUGACCUUAUUACUCUUUUUGGAAGCCCAAUGCUGUUCUGACCCGGUACUGACUGACUGCUGACUUCUGACUGCAAAGGAGGAAACAACAUUUGGCCUUUAUAGUGGCCCAUGGUGGUGGAUCCAUUUUAGCUCCUGUAUGAAAUCCAUGCUCACAGACUUUGACAAACCUAUUUUUCCAUUCUGAUCCAUCUUUGGACUGGUUAAGAGCCACCCCAGUCUGUUUGCUCUCAUUUCUACAGUUACUGUGAAGUUAUUUUCCCAUGACCCUCAAGACCUCAGCCAACAAGAGGACCAAGCCUUGGCCAUCAUUCAUCUAAAAGUCAUAAAAUGCACUUCCUCUUCCCUAGUGAAAUAACUCUUCAUAACAUGCUGACAACUUUCUGGAAACCAUCGUUAACAGUGAGGAAGGAUAUCCACCAAGACACUCAGGCCAACAUUCCUUCUAUCUUUUUGCAGCAGCAGGGGCAUGCAGCAGCGUGGUCAAUGACCAGCGGUCUCUCUUCCAUGAACUUUUCACUUUUGAUGUAAGUAUAGUUCAUAACCAAGUUUGGAAAUGCCUGCAACAAAAGCUGUGGAGGUUCGUCCAUGACCAAAGACAAUCAAGAUGAUGACAAUUAAGUUGAGAAUGCCUUAAAAAUUUUGAAACCUGGUUUUCAAAAAAAAAAAAAAAAGAAACAAAAAAAGCAAUGUAAUAAACCCAAGUAGUUGACUGGUUAAGCCGGUUUCCUCGUUUGGAAUAAGUGGAUUGUGGAAGCGGUAAUGUUUGUCAAAAUGGACUGAAAUAGCUAAAAUUGUGAAUGGCAAAGAUGCAUGUCUUCAAUCAUUUGUGGACCAUAAAAAUUUGAAUUUAUAUUCAUUAGUCUUUUCUCAUUUAUUUAAAUGUGUUUUAUUUUUACUUUCUUAUUCACGUAAGAAGUUCUGAACUUCAUCAUGCAUCCAGCGCACCAGUGUUGUUGGCAGUCUCCAAGUAUUAUAGUGCCUCAUAACGUCCCUGUUUUCUCUCCCUCUCUGAGCACACACUCAUUCAGUGCCCGCUGAUACACUUUAAGUCAUUGCCUAGGCAAGUUGAUCCACUGUUAAAAAUACAGAGCAGAAAUUCAUUACUCUGAUACUCUAAUUUCCAUAAUCCAGAAUUAUUGCAGAGAUUGUAUUUUAGUUUUAACUGCUGGAAAAAUUUGCAACAAUUAUAUUUUCUCUAAAUUCCUUAAGGAAUGGUUGCAAACUAUAAUAGACAAAGAUUAAAUACUUAAGAUUCAGAUAAGACUUUCGUAUUUGGGUUCAGAAGGGAGUUUUGGCCAGGGAAUCUUAACCAAACCUAGAGGCAUCUGACAUGUAAACAGGGUUCCCACUCUUAAGGAAGUCAGUUUCCAGGAUUUUUCAAAAACACAUUUAAUGACCUUUGUACAAGUUAGCCAUUACUCAUAGAAAGUUGUCUUAGAAUGAUAUAAGAUGGACAAAGUGGCCAAAUUCUCAGAUUACACGUUGUAUAACAUGUUUAUGUAUAGUAACAAGUUUACACACCAGCAGUGCGCAAAUGUGUUGACAACAUGCAAACAGUGAGUCUUUUAUGCAAAAGCGGCAUCUUGUUCAAAGUGUCUGUUUUGUGUUUUUGGCCUGUUUGGACUUACACAUGUGAUACUUCAGAACAACAAAAGAUGACCGCUGGGUAUGACUGGGCACUGAAAAUUUAUAGUGUGAGCUCAGGAAAUCUUUAAUAUGAUCAGCUGAACUUGGACCCUGGAAAACUAGCGUAUAAAUUUAAAGGUUUUCCAGAUUUUCCAGGAAGCGUGGGAACCCUGUAAGGACCAGUUCAGGGCCUGAAUGGUACCGUAAAAUAGUUUGCUUCAGGACAAACACAUUCUUCUGACCAGAGAUUUAGAUAAUAAACUAAAGAUAAUGACUAUUAUACUUGGGUAGAACGGAGCUGACCUCAACACACCUGAACAAAACCUCUUUGUUGUUCACCUACAUGUUUCAGCAAACUAUUUCUGCCCAUGUUGUUUAUUUCUCUACACCAGAAAUGGCCAAUAGUUUCCUGAUGUUGAGGUGUGACGUUAUUGAUGAAGGAAAUGGCUCAAGGUGCCUGACACACGACACAUGUUCAUGCUCAGUGCUUCAUGUUUGUUGGACAUGAGCUACAUUUUGACAGCUAAGAAAUGUUUAUUUUCCUGAUGCUAUCCAGAUCAGUGAUUUAUUGUGUGGUGUGACAUCGUCCUCUUCAGUUUCGGGCAUAAAGGCUGACACAUUCUUAUCAUUCCCAUCUAUUCGCAGAAGAUAUUAUAGUUCCUAAAACCGUAUUUGCCUAAUAGUAGCAAACUAGUGACAUGUUGAGUCUCUUUGUGAAGGAAACUGCCCAUCAUGGCUGAAAUUUUGUUUGGCUGUUGAAGAAGGCUAUGAGUUAUGUGUGCUAAUAACGACACAUUCAGCAAAUUAUGACUGUCUAUAUUACUAUAUUCAUGUAUGCCUGCAGUAAAGGGUCAUGUCCAUUUGCCUGUAGGUUGCUGUUACAUUCAUACUAUUAUCUCCAGUUUUGACCUAAACAUAUUACUUAAAUGGUAAAUGAAUAAAUAAAUGAUCUUUUAAAUGGAACUGUUACACAAGCAGCGCUUGUCUGAUCAAUAAUGUGGCCAAAAUAAUUCAUAAUAUUUUCAGCACCUGAAUCCAGAUUUUAAUUCACUGUCUUGGAUGCUGCAUUAUGUUUUAUUUUUUGUUUUUGAUAAGUAUUUUCAAACUUUUUUUUUUUUUUGCUUUGCUGGAAAUGUUGUAUUCAACCCAACAGGACCAGGUCGACCAACGCUUUCACAGAAAUCAUUAAUAUGCUCUUUAUGACUUAACCUUGUGAUUUAUUAAUGCAUUUCACUUCAUAUUUAAAUCUGUAAUGCAUUGUCAACUUUUUUUAAAGUCACUUAUUUAUUAAACGUUUUUUAAAACUUGUUUGCUGUUUUUAUUUUUAUUUUUGUGACACUGGUUUAAAUAUGGUAGCUAAUUUGGCUGUUGAUAUUUUUGCCCUUUGUCAGAUAUAUGGUUUGAUUUCUGCUUGUUUUAGACUAUGCAUGUUUAUAGUCAUGUUUGCUGUGUAGUGGAAUGAUACUGUAUUAGCUGCACAGGUAAGAGGCCUGUCAAUUUGGAAGGUGGCUUUUCACAAA